AAUGAAAGCUUUCCUUUCUUAACCCUAUUUCCCCAUCUCUCUUUUCUCUUUCUCCCUCUCUAUUACAUCUGCUUUUCUUUUCAUUACCACCUCUCCCCACAAUACUUAUAUACUCUCGGAUCUGAUAGAUCCCUUGGUCUUGAAACCUGGAUGUCCUAAUCUUCUUCAUACCAAGCAGGAAAUUACAAAUCUAGACCAUCUAUAUAUACCAUCUUUGCCAAGUAGUACUUCGAGCUAGAAAAGGUGGAUCAUCACCGGAGGCAUGGAAAGCGGCCACUUCCUUCGGAAACGUCGGAGGAGAAAGAGAAGCAUGAAGACUUCUCUCCUUCUAGCUACGAGUCUUCAUGGACAGAAGCCGACAUGUCAGCCAUGGUUUCUGCUCUCACUCAAGUUAUCGGAAACCCCGAAGAAGAUAACAAGGUGCAAUCAAACCCUUCAGUGAAAGAUGAACCAGACCGGUCACAAUCGGUUCAAGAUCAAGAGAGUACUGUGAGAAGAAGACACUAUAGAGGAGUGAGGCAAAGGCCUUGGGGAAAAUGGGCAGCCGAAAUCCGAGACCCUAAGAAAGCAGCUCGAGUGUGGCUAGGAACUUUUGAGACAGCUGAGGAUGCAGCAAUUGCAUAUGAUAAUGCAGCUCUCAAGUUCAAAGGCACAAAAGCCAAGCUCAACUUUCCCGAGCGAGUUCAAGGCAACUCCAGCUUGCUUGUGCAGUGUGCAUCCGGCACAACCAGUAGCAGCAGCAGUGUCUCCACUGAACGAGUUCCGGGCCGACCAGCCGCAACCGCUCCUCAUCAUGAUGCUCCCAGCUGGGUUGCACCGUCCCAACCGCAGCAGGAAAGUAGUAGUUUUCCUGAUCUAUACCAAUAUGCGCAGCUUCUUCAAAGCAAUAAUAUCGAUUUUAGCUCAAAUUAUCAGUACCCUCCGAAUCCAUUCGCUCAAGAUUAUCAUCCGCAGUUUCCUCCAACAUUUUAUCCAUCUCAUCAACAACAAGGACAGCACGAUCAUGGUCAGGAAGAUCAGCAUGAGAACAAGAACUGGAAUAGGCGUAAACCGAGCGAGUAGCUAGUGGUAGUACACUAGUACGUAGUACUUCUGCAUAAGUGCUAUUUAAUUUGUGGUUCUUUUCGACCUAUAUAUAUUAUUGAGAGCAUUUAUUUGUUU